CUUUCACUCUUGACUAUGAUGACCACUGAUCCUUACCAGCCACCACUACAGCUUAAAGGGGAGAUUAUGGACCUCGAAUUCACAGUAGACACAGAUCACCGAAAGAGGCGAAGAAAUCGCACCACAGCUAGUUGUCUGAACUGUCAUACAUCCAAGCGAAAAUGCGACCGCAAAAGGCCUUGUCAAAGAUGUAUUCAACUUGGCUUGACAGGACUUUGCGUCUAUGAGGUCGAUGACCCAGCUCUGCGAGAUGACCCUAACAUUGACGAGACCACUCGACUAAGGAAUAGGAUCGCUGAACUUGAAAGUCUAGUGAGAGAACUGCGCGGCAAACCCCAUCCUCGCUGGGCGGAUAGCAAUUUUCGAAAUGGUGAUCCAAGCGAAAAAUGGCAUUCUCGAGCGACCAAAACUCUCCCUACUCCCAAGCGACGCGCUCCUUCUCCUGAGCUAGUCGAAGACCAGAAUUCAUCACAUUCUCAUGUUAGAGGGUCCAACGGUCUACAUUCGACCUUGUUAUCACCAAUCAAGACUGAAUCUUCUGCGGAAACAGCUCAGCUAUUUCGCUUCUCUCCCUCUCCCGCUCCUUCCAUGCGCUAUCAUACCUUCCAAUCUGACGUCCACCCUCCUGUCCCGGCUUCUAACUACGAAGGAAACCUGCGUUCAUCAUACCGCGGUUCAACUACAAGCGGAUCUUAUCAUACAUCUGUUCCGACUCCUUCUAGUCCAUAUAGCAGUCAUCCUGGAUCCGGUCCUUCAUCAUACUCUGACGGUGGUAAUAGCUACCAUUUAUCUGGAAGCGACGACGGCCGCUCAUUCGUUGGGGACCACUACUCUGGAAAUAGCCCACCACACCCACCGUUCUGCCCUUGUCGCACGAGCCCGGCCCUUGCUCACACGUAUAUCUUGCUAUCACAACAGCUAGAAAGUACUGUUCAUCACAUCCGCCAAUACUCACAUCAUCCUCCGAGCUCUCAGUGCCAACUCUUUAGGCUGAUUACUGAGUUGAAUCAGGUCAUGCGAGGUAUCGAUUCUGGUGAAGUCUCGCGACCAGCCUAUGACAGCAACACACCUACGGACUCGGAGAUCUUGACUCCUCUUUCGGCAUCCAGUGGUCCAACGAGCUUCCAUUCAGCUUCUCCUGGAGGCGUGUCGCCCCAGGAGUGGACUACACUCAAUAAUACUGGAUAUACAUCUUAUUUUCCUGUGUCGGCUGGAGACCAUGGUAUUUAUGCACAUAUCGUUUCUUGAUUUAGACUUGGCUUGUGUCCAUGCAUCCUCACUUAUCUGUUUACUUGACUUACGACGCUUUGAAUUUACGCACUGUUGUAUGUACCA